AUGGCCACCGGAGAGACACCGCUCUAUGCCAAGGUCGCCAGCAAGCUUAAGGGCCGCAGCACCCCCUCGCUCCUGGAACCCCUCCUGGCCCUGGGCUUCCCAGCACACACUGCGCUAAAAGCGCUAGCAGCCACAGGCAGGAAGACAGCAGAGGAGGCUUCGGACUGGUUGCGUUGUCACCGAGGUGACCCCUCCCUUGACGACCCCAUCCCCCAGGAGUAUGCCCUCUUCCUCUGUCCCACGGGGGCCCUGCUGGAAAAACUCCAAGAGUUCUGGAGAGAGAGCAGGCGCCAGUGUGCAAAGAACAGGGCUCACGAGGUCUUUCCGCACGUGACGCUGUGUGACUUCUUCACGUGUGAAGACCAGAAGGUGGAAUGUUUGUACGAGGCUCUGAAGUCCGCCGGGGACAGGAUCCUCAGCUCCUUCCCCGCCGUCAUCCCCCUGGUGCUCCAUUCUUCUGUCAGCUACCUUGGGUUCUUCAUCGAUGGGGGUCCUGCUGACGUCAUCCGGGAAUUUGCCAUGUUGUUCGCCACGGAGGCGUCAGUCUCGAACUUUCCUCAGUUCUAUUUGUUUCCUGUGCACAGAGGGGUGGUAAACCAUUUCCAAACACUGAGAGCCCUGUUCCAGUACAAGCCCCAGAACGCUGACGAACUGAUGCUCAGUCCCGGUGACUACGUCUUUGUAGACCCCACUCAGCAGGAGGAAGCCAGUGAGGGUUGGGUCAUUGGGAUCUCACAACGGACUGGCUGCCGGGGCUUCCUGCCGGAGAACUACACAGAAAGAGCCUGUGAGGCCGACACCUGGGUUAGGCACAGGACCUACACCUUCGGUCUCGCCAUCAACCUGAACUCCAGGAAGGACGGCGAAGGCAGCGGCAGAAGGAAUGGGGAUUUCCAUCCUCGGCCUGUGUCAAGCAGCGUACAGGCUCUGCAGGCCACCAUCAUGAGGAGAGGCAUGCUGGUGGUGCGCCACGGGGAGAGAGUGGACCAGGUCUUCGGGAAGUCCUGGCUGCAGCAGUGCUCCACCACAGAUGGAAAGUACUACCGGCCAGACUUGAACUUCCCCCCAAGCCUGCCCAGGCGAAGUAAUGGCAUCAAAGACUUCGAAAACGACCCGCCAUUAUCAUCCUGUGGAAUUUUCCAGUCCAGACUUGCUGGGGACGCACUGCUGGACAGCGGCAUCAGGGUCACUGCGGUCUUUACCUCUCCAGCCCUGCGCUGUGUGCAGACAGCCAAGCACAUCCUGGAAGAGCUCAAACUGGAGAAGAAGCUUAAGAUACGAGUGGAACCCGGGCUCUUCGAAUGGAUGAAGUGGGAAGCCAGUAAGGCCACUCCCAGCUUCCUGACCUUGGAUGAGCUGAAAGGGGCAAGCUUCAAUGUUGACCCUGAUUACAGGCCUGCGUUCCCCCGAUGCUCCCUCAUGCCAGCGGAGAGCUACGACCAGUAUGUGGACAGAUGUGCCCUAAGCGUGGGGCAGAUCGUCAGCACCUCCCCUCAGGACUUGGGCGUCAUCCUCAUCGUGAGCCACGGCUCAGCGCUGGACUCCUGCACUCGGCCACUCCUCGGGCUCCCACCCCGUGAAUGCGGGGAUUUUGCCCAGCUGGUGAGAAAGAUCCCGUCUCUGGGAAUGUGUUUCUGUGAAGAAAACAGAGAGGAAGGGAAGUGGGAGCUGGUGAACCCGCCAGUGAAGACGCUGACGCAUGGAGCCAACGCGGCCUUUAACUGGCGGAACUGGAUCUCGGGGAACUGAGUAGACCUUAAGAUUUUCAUGAAGCCGUGACUGUCAGAUGCCAAGAUUAUGAAGGAAUUCAAGCUUCUGAGCUUGUCGGGACUUGAAGAAGCACAAGACGCACUUUGAUAUUCUGGAGCAUCGCCACCCACUCUUACUUUGGUCACUGCUGUCCAGAAAGCACAACUGUGGAGCCCCAAGCAGAUGGCCAGGUUAGGACAUCACAUCGCAGCAUGUGCGCUGGGUGACAGAGAAAUGAGGAGCUCCUCACGUCCAGGAACCGGAGCGUCCCCACCCUCACACUCGGAGGAUGCCAUCCUUCUAUUUUAUAUGUUCUUAGGCGUCUCCCUUACUUUAUUCCAGUCAGGCUUUGGCCAGGGCGGGCCACACCAGCUGGAGGAGGAACAGUAGUCAAUAAAAUGGCACAAGUAUUGACCCACCAGGUCAGAACGAGGGAAAGAUGCUGGGCUCAGCUCAUGAACAUUGGUUUCCUGCUGCUGCCGUGGCACCGGCACAAGCG